GCGGCCGCCUUCCCUUUUCCGAGCCACCAAGUUCCUUGGUGCUCUUCGAUGGCCUCCUGCUGCUGCGGGUAGAGCGCUUGAACCGCACGCUGCUGUCAGCUGGUGGUGGCCGGCACUUCGAGGUCCCCAACCACGCGACGCUGACAGUGGAGUUUGCUGCAUCCACUCUAGGGUCGUGGAAGCAGGCAGGUUAUGCCCUGCACGACGCAGAGGCCUUCUUUGCAGGGCACGAGGUUUGUGAGCACGAGCUCACCAUCCAACGAGUGAAUGGUCAACCAUGGUCUUCAUGGGCAGGCGAGCUGCAGACGAGCGAUUUCAUCAAGCUCCAGGACCGGAGACAGGUGCGGCGGUUCUGCGACUGGAUGAGCGCUGGUUGGACAGUCAAGACGGACGCCAACGGCGACACUAGAUUCUGCCACUGGGGUGCGCGGAAGAUCGCGAAAGUUGUUAUCUGCGAGGAGGACGCACCAGAAGCCGCCGAGAUCGGAGACUUCCUGCUGAGUUUUUCAUAG